AGCGUGCGGCUGGCAUCCACCGCCUUGAACUCCCAGCUCCCCCUGUCUGCCGUCGUCUUUCUAAGGUCGAUGCACACGAUUUUCAGCGCAUCGCUGGCAUCCUCUGCCUUGAGCUUCAAGCUGUCUCUGUACGCCGUCCUCUUUUCAAGGUCGUUGCGUACGCUUCCCAGCGUGCGGCUGGCAUCCACCGCCUUGAACUCCCAGCUCCCCCUGUCUGCCGUCGUCUUUCUAAGGUCGAUGCACACGAUUUUCAGCGCAUCGGUGGCAUCCUCUGCCUUGAGCUUCAAGCUGUCUCUGUCCGCCGUCAUCUUUUCAAGGUCGUUGCGUACGCCUCCCAGCGUGCGGCUGGCAUCCACCGCCUUGAACUCCCAGCUCCCCCUGUCUGCCGUCGUCUUUCUAAGGUCGAUGCACACGAUUUUCAGCGCAUCGGUGGCAUCCUCUGCCUUGAGCUCCAAGCUGUCUCUGUCCGCCGUCAUCUUUUCAAGGUCGAUGCACACGAUUUUCAGCGCAUCGCUGGCAUCCUCUGCCUUGAGCUUCAAGCUGUCUCUGUCCGCCGUCAUCUUUUCAAGGUCGUUGCGUACGCCUCCCAGCGUGCGGCUGGCAUCCACCGCCUUGCGCUCCCAGCUCCCCCUGUCUGCCGUCGUCUUUCUAAGGUCGAUGCACACGAUUUUCAGCGCAUCGCUGGCACCCUCUGCCUUGAGCUUCAAGCUGUCUCUGUCCGCCGUCAUCUUUUCAAGGUCGUUGCGAACGCUUUCCAGCGUGCGGCUGGCAUCCUCCGCCUUGUCCUUCCAGCCGUCCCUCUCCAGCGUCACCUCUGCGAGGCUGUUAUCUAGGCAUUUCAGCAGCUUGCUGCGUUCACUCGCCUCUUGCUUCCACUUCUCCAGGCUAGCCGUUGUUUCUGUAAAGAUUGGGUAA